AUGUCCGACGAUAAUGAUUCACUUUCUCAUGCGAUCUAUCAUCAAUACCUCGAGCUAGAUGUGCAAAAUAAAGCUCUUAAUACAGCUAUCUUCAUACUCACCUUCGAUUCCGAUACGGUACCGGAACGCGCUGCUCCAACUGAUCCAACCUACGAAGACCAAAUGAAGGAUAAAUCUUCCCAUAAAUUCUUCGCUCAUAAAUGGGUUCGAUCUCAAACCACGCGCGGAUACGUCUCACCUUACAAAACUCCCAUCAAUACCCCUCCUCCCCAAGCCACACACAACCGAAUCUCACUUUCCAAACCGCCAACUAAUCCUCCUUCUCUUCAACCUACCAAUCAUCAACUUACCCGAGAUCCCCGCCUCUCUCUAAACUAUAUCUUGCAUCCCACAACUCCACACUGCUUCAACAAAGGCUGCAUCCCAUGUCUUCCAGUAGAAGUACGCCACAUGAUAUGGGGCUACGCGCGCUCGCGCACUAUUUCUAUCGUCAUUCACGACGAUCUAAUCUGCAGUCGCUCUCCCAGUCCCAUCACUCUGCGCAUAGACCGGGAAAGCCGUAGCGAAACCAAAAAAACCUAUAAAUCCCAUAAGAAGUUUUAUAUCUUGGGAACAGAACACGACGAGCGAACUCCAUAUCCAUUCUUUGAUCCUAAAGUUGACAGCGUGGUUUUGAUGGAUAGUUUUAUGGGAUGUAAUCCAGCGACGAGUUCGACAGUCUUUGGCUUUUACGGACCUAUGUCUGUAACGAGUCUACGAACAGAGUUGGAUGUUUCGGGUCAUAUGGAUGUGAUUCAAUCGCUGCAUAUUCCUGCACAUGCCUGGGUUUGGAACAUAAUUUGUCGAUCUCCUAGGGCAGGUAUUUGGUUCAAAAAUCUAACGGAGAUUGUUUUUCAGGGUGGAGAGGCGGGAUUGAGAAAUGAGGAUGAUAUUGAGAAAUGCAAAGAGGUUGUUAGGGGAUGUUUUGAAAGAAUCAGCGGAGAGAUUGAUGACGAGGAUGAUGAUGAUGAUCAGACUCGAAUUGUGGACCCGGACAGUCCAAGUCAGGCGGAGGUGGUGAGUAAGAAAAUCAAGGUCCCAGAGGUCAGAGUUUGUAUGCCCAAGGGUCUGGGCUUCGAAUUAAUGUUCGAAGAAGAGAAACUGGGGAUGGAAUCGGUUGAGGAGCGGAAAUGGGUGAUGAGUUUCAUCAACAAGGUAAAACAUGACCGCGGAUAG